CUGGAUUGUCACAAUGAGGUCUUGACCGCUACCGCAUCGUGCCGCUACUCAUUCCCCCAUUCCACACGCAUUAUUUCUACGACCACCAUGGCGACCGGAAAGCGACACCAGCGCGCUCCAAUAGUCAACCCCUACGAGAAGUUCUCGCAGCCAGAAUUCGACAAUUGGAUCGGGGAUCUCACUGGCACACUCCGAUCCGCCCUGGGCUUCGAAUACAAACCAGAACGCCCCCAAUCGCGUCUACCAGACACUCUGUUUGCAGAUGAACCGGCAGAGUCCCAGCAUGACGCGGAGCUCGCGACCGAAGUGGCCGAUCAGCUUUCGGACAGUGAAUCGGAGGAGGUGGAAGAGCUCGUCCCAAAGUCCAGCAAGGCGAAGGGAAAGGAGAGGGACCCACGCGAGAGGCCCAACCAUGGCUCUUGGAACAACUACGCCGACGUCACCGACAGUGACGGCGACCAGGCGUCCGCGUCCUCGCGCAGUGGUAGCGAGGAGGCCACGGAGGAAAGCGAAGACGGCUCUCAGGAUGUCUUCCGAGAUGACGAAGAAUACGACACGGAAACCUACGAGAAGGAGUGGCUCCAGCGCGCGUCGUCUUCAAAAGCUCACGCUUACACCCGUUCAUCCUCACGCGAAAGCGCUGAGAUUGAAUAUGUUUCCCAGGAGGAUGACGAGGAAGGGGACGAGGCCGACGCUGCGACGGUCGUGCGCUCUCUAUCACAGGUGGAAGAUGAUGAUGAACAACCCCUCGAGGACGACACCUCAUUCCCCCCUCCCCGCGCCUCUAGUAUGCCAUCUGCCCGUCUAGCUGCGCCGAGACCUCCAGACAUAGUCGACCCCUGGGAAGGUGCCGAAGCUUACGCUGAAGACUACUACAAGGGCGGUGAUCGAGCUAUUGUCAAGAAUCACCCUUCCAGUCCGAGCCGCCUCGAAGAAGCAGAAGAGGACGAAAGACGCGUCGAGAAUGCGCAAGAUGCAGUGCCCGAGGCCAUUCCGAAUGCGGAUCCUCGCUCGCCACCGAUUUGCGACACUCUGCCCCUUGAGCCCGAGGCAGCUGUGGAGGAUCGCGAGGUCGACAUACGCGACCCCUGGAAUCCGGCGCUGGCAUACGCAGAAGACCUAUACACCGGUGGUGACGCCCCGCUGGCCCACCUCCGAGACGGUCAAGACGCCGACAAAAUAGGCUCUGCAGAUGUUGACAUGUCUAUCCCAUCGGUCGACUGGGACGGCGUGGAAGAUGAGAUUGCCGAAAUGGUAGCGGAUGGACGUAUCAGCGAUCAGAACCUCUACGACAUGGACGAGAGGGACAGGAUACAGACGGUACAUGUCGAUGAGGAUGGCCACUUACGGUCGGACGCACAUCACGCGCCGGAAAAUAUCGCGAAGCCUAUGGCGUCCCACGCAGACAAUGAAUACACUGGUAGCGACAUAUCUAGUCGUAGCCCGUCCCCGAAGCUGGAUGCACAAGCUGCUGAUACCACACGUCCCGCGCAAGAAUCACCUAGGUCGCCCUCGCCUGAGGCGGCCGAGGCGACUCAGGAGCCGCCAGAAGUCAACGCUCCUCAGCUUGCGGAGAACUUGGCACCACGGCCUGAGUCCUCUCAACCUGCGAUCGCCCACGAACCGCUAGGUGCUCCUGCUGCCCAGGACUCAGCGCCUAACACGGAAACACUCCCACCCGUCUCCAACAUUGACUCGGUUGCGCAAGCGAUCGGCAAUGCACCGUAUCCAUCGCUGUCGCUCGAUCCGUUUGUGACCCCCUCUUCGACGCAGGAUGGUGUCUCUCCGCUCACGGCGCAGUGGCAGGCGCUGUUCGACUCGUCGGGCGAAGGCGUGAAUACGGCUACCAUGUUUGAUACCUAUCCCGACUUCUCUGUCGACAUGCAGAAUGGGGACUUUGCUACCAACGCCCACGCUGCCUCGCACAACAUCGCGGAGCUGGAAGCUGAGCUCGGCUUCCAUCCGUCGUCUCCGCUCGCUACAGCCGGUCCUUUGCGCAAAGAAGACAUGCACGUCUUCGAACUUGACGAUGAGGAGGAUGCGCGCGCAGGAGCGGAGGCCGAUAGCUCGUCUGUGCCGCCAGUCGAGGAUCCACACCAGGCCCAGGAUGUUGAUGCUGAGGGGGAGAUCGACCUAGACGUAGCGGAUGGAAGCGCCGAGAAGCCUCAGGACGAUGCAGAAACAGCGCACCCCGUCGAAGUCGAAGCGUCCGUAUCCACUGGCAAGGGUGAAGCUGCACCUGAUGAGGCUGCGGCGCUGCCAUCUACAACCGAAGAGAAUGCUUCACCUGCACAGGAGGAGCCUACUCCUGCGCAGCUUCAGGACGUCGAAGACAUGAACUUGCACUCAGCACUACCUCCUGCUUCCGCUGACCGUCCGCCUUCACCGCACGAGGGCGUCACCCUGGGUGUGAUCCCUCAGCUCCCCGUCUUUAUCGGUGAACCAUAUCCCGCAAUCCUCAGCAAUCCCAAUAUACCAGCUGCUGAGUCGGAGUCGGAAGAGGACGAGGAGAGUGCAACCGGCGAGGACUCGUCUUUCGCAACGACAGACAGCGCUGAAGCUGGAGAGCAACCUCUUGGGGAUCAGGCUGUUCUGGUGGACGAUGGAGCGAGAAUUCUCCCUGACGAGGCACUGACAGCACAAGCAACACCGUCGCAGCACGAGGCAGAGGCCUUGGCUACGUCUCAACCUGACGUCAAGGAUGCGGAUACGGUGGACGUCGAGAUAGCCAACGAGGGCGGUGAGGUAGUCGCAGUGCCUGAACCAGUGGAGGAAGAGCCGCCAAGCAUCGCGGACGUCGUGGAUGCCAGGGAAGAAGCUGCGGUCGAAGACAGCGCGGCGGCCCACCAUCGCUCAAAGUCCCCCACCCCGCACUCCCACUCACACGAGGCGGCUGAAGUCGAUGAGGUCGUUGCGGAGGAGUCUAUUGACGGCAGAACGGAUCCCAUUGAUCACCAGGACGCCCAAACACCUGGAGAUAUGUCGACGGUCGGGGCCGGUAGCCAAUCUGACUCUAUUGAGCAGCAUGGCGCUUCCCCCGCAAAGCCAUUAUCGUCUCUACCGGAGCCAGAUUCGUCUACUCCCGCGGCUGAGGAUCUCGCUGCAGAUGCCGCCUCUCACGGCCGUGGACCUACCCCAGAACAUACCGAAGCGUCCCCACGCCCUCAGGCUAUUCCCAGCAAUCAUGAGAAACCCUUGCCGCAAAAGCGGGCGCGAUCCAUAUCCUCUACUUCAUCUCUCACCACGUCGGGUUCGGAAUCCGAGCCGCCUCAGCAGCGCAAGCGUGCGCCUUCGCGGUCGCGUCAACGCCCGUCGAGGAAAGUUGGACUUCGGACCACGGGACGGCGGGCCAAGAGGGCGAAACUGGAGGAAGAUUCUACGGAAGAGGAAGAGGAAGAGGAGGAGGAGGAGGCUCGUGAUGCUUCUCCGCCGCCUGCGAAACGCUCUACCAAAGGCAAGGAGCGUGCUCAAACCCCUUCGACGGCCUCAACGUCAGGCGCGAGUGCCGCGGCGCGCAUGCUGGAGGCGCCUAGCUCUCGGGCAUCUUCUGUGGAUGUCGCGCCAACUAAGGAGCGCGAGCCCACACCGCCGCAAGCUGCGCCAUCCCCUGUGGCCGCUGCGCCUAUAGGCGCUGCUUGGAAUAUGCACCAUCAGCAUCGCAAAGCCGCUCCGGCGACUAUGUUCCAGCAAAUCCAGCGCAGGAUGAAUGGCGUGCCUCUGCCCACCCCGCAACCGGCUCCCCCAAAGCGCGCAAGCUCGGUGGCGAGCUCGUCGUCGGCGCCACCAUCGGAUGGGAGCGGCUCGAGCGCUUCAUCUGCCUCAGCCUCCGCCCCGCCACGACGCACAAAAUCAGCGAGGACGCUGGCAGCAGCCAUCUCGACGACGCGCGCCGUGACCCGCGCCAACUGCCGGUACCACAAAAUUAGCAUCCCGCGCGAGGAAAACCAGCAGCGCUUCUACUUCCUUGUCCCCGGCUGCUCCCUCGGCAAUCAAGAGGUCAUGGAGGAUGAAGAGAUCGAGGACCACGGCAUCGCGGCCUACGACGACGGUGUGCGCGGCAUCAAGGACGUCGAGCAGCUCGACCUCGACCCGUACGUUGUCGGCAACCUCCGCAAGCUCACCGGUGUCGACAUCCUGCGCGAGGGCGAGGUGUACUACCUGCCCGCGGAGGGGGAGACGGUGCGGCUGCUGAGGACGCGGCCCCUGAUCACGGCGCGGGACUACGGGAAUGCGUCGGCGGCGGGGAGCCAGCCGUCGUCGCCGUUGCAUCAGCACUAUCUGGGCGGGCAGUGGCGGUCGCCGAAGAAGCCGGUGUCGGGCGCGGAGUCGCUGAGCACGGUGGCCUCGGGCGGGGGGUCGAUUCUGCAGCGGGGCAGGACGGCGACGCCUUCGGUGGAUGAGGAUGGGGACGAGGACGAUUAUGUGCUGACGGAGGGGGAGAGCGAUGAGGAGGACGACAACGAGUCCCAGCGGAGCCCGACGCGGAAGUCGGGCGAGGGCAGCAAGGGCAAGCAGCUCAUCGGCGACAAGACCAAGGCUGAGGGCGAGAAGGGAAAGCUCGCCGGCGAGAGCAGCAAAGCCAAGGCCGCCCGCCGCCGCAGCCGCCGCGGGCUCGACGCGUCGUACAAGCCCGGGAAGGGGGAGCUCGACGCGUCCUCUUCUGACGAGGAGGAGCUCAAGGAGAAGAAGCGCAAGCCGCGCAAGAGCGCGAAGGGCAUCGGCAAGACCGCGAUGGGCAACGGGAAGAGCGCGAAGGGGUCCGGGAAGAGCGGGCUGAAGCGGGGCCGGACGUCGGAGGUCCCGGGGCAGGAUGCGGAGGAUGGGCCGUCGAAGGCGAAGCGGCUGAGGAAGAGCGCGACGCACGCAGGGACGGGGCGAAGUGAGCAGACGCCUGCUCCUUAGGCCACGACGUAUACCACGAUUGCUUGAUGUUGGCUUGAUGUACCUUUGAACGUCAUAUUUUCUUUGAACGACAUACUUUUGAUGUUUUACGCGAUACACAUCUUCCUUUACUUAAUGCCUCAGAACAUACAUUUAACGAGCGCUUCACUCGGGAGUGAUGAUUGUGGAGCCGAUUCUGG